UUCUCAUAGUGAGUACUGAAACAUAGAGAGGAGUCUCAAAAUCAAUACCUAUCUUAGUCAACCCACGUCGAGCUUUCGAACUUCAAAAAUGGCCAGCUCUAGGCUGGUUGGUGCUGCAUUCUUGGUUUUGCUCCUUCUGGACCUUACAUUUGCCGCGAGAUCAUCACCAAAGGCCAUAGAUCGUAAGAGUGUUGGUGGUGGAGGAGGAAGAGGCGGCGGUGGUGGCGGUGGAGGAGGAAGAGGAGGCGGGCCUGGUUCAGGGUAUGGUUCAGGAUACGGGUCAGGGGGUGGUGCUGGAUAUGGUAAAGGAGGAGGAGGUGGUGGUGGUAAGGGAGGAGGUGGAGGUGGUGGAGGAGGGUCCGGGGGUGGUUCAGGAUAUGGGUCUGGAAGCGGUUCUGGGUAUGGCGAAGGAUAUGGAUCAGGUCAUGGUGUCGGAAGCGGACAAGGUGGUGGAGGCGGAGGUGGAGGUGGGCAUGGCGGUGGAGGAGGUGGAGGCUCAGGAAAUGGAAGUGGGUCUGGUUAUGGCGAAGGAUAUGGAAGUGGUGAAGGAUAUGGAGGUGGGGUUGGUGAAGGAGGUCUUCAUGGUAGUGGCCAUGGAGGAGGCGGUGGUGGAGGUGGAGGUGGUGGUGGUGGUGGCGGUUCUGGAAAUGGCUCUGGCUCUGGAUAUGGUGGUGGCUAUGGGGAAGGCUAUGGCUCCGGACAUGGCAAUGGGGAAGGCGAUUUCCCAUGAAUAUAUUUAUACUAGUUUCUUGAUCUUUUGGCCUUUGGAACUAUAGAAUAAAUUGCAGCGGAAUUCACCCCUCAUGCAAUGCAUGUUAUGUUUUGGUGGACGUACGUUGCAAACCCUGCAUGAAAUGUCAGCGCACUUGCACCAUAUAGACUACCGAGAUAUGGUUGCUAGUGUUAUUAGAUAUACCACUACGUACACUAGUCUCUAUAGAAUAAAAGUUACUUUGUUGAUAUUAUUAAUUCGAGAGUGAUGUAACUUUAAGAUUUC